AUGGCCAAGGACGUCAUGUAUGCUAUUCUCUCCGGGUAUCAUCGUUACUGUUUGCCUUGCCGGCCUUAUCCUGGCAUCAAAGAACGUGAAUCCGGCAGUGUCAAAGGGUUGAUCGUUGCCGAUCUCUCAGAGGAGGAGUGCCAGAUUCUCGACUACUUUGAGGGAGACGAGUAUGAAAAGCGUCAGCUGCGGGUUCAAGUGUCGAGGGAAGCCAUUGAAGUCAGCAGCCCAGGGCUUCUCCCCAUGGAAACAUAUAUGCUGAGUGAGGAUACGGUCUUGGUGAAUGCGUACGUGUACAAGGGUGACGACGAUGUCUAUGGGACAUGGCACAUCGAAGAUUUUCUGCGAUCCAACAUCCUGGAUGACUACGUCUCUGAUUCCAGCGGAUUCCGCACCCUUGGAAGGAUCGGAGGUCUUGGUCUGGCCCUCGCUGCUCCCGUUCGCAUGGCAUCAGCAUCGAGCUUGACCAUGUCUGGACGUGUUCUUGACGGCAUCACUGCCAAGGACAUCGACGGCAACAUGUACAGCAACGACGAGCUUGUGGUGUUGGGGUUUCCCUGCAACCAAUUCGGAGGACAAGAACCUGGAACAGAUGCUGAGGUGAAGGCAUUUGCUCAAGGCAAAUACGGCGCGAAGUUCCCACUUUUCUCGAAGAUCGACGUGAACGGUCCCAACGCUCAUCCCUUGUACCAGAAGUUGAAGAAGUCUGCUCAGAACAAGACUCUUCUUUCGCUGAUGGGGGAUGACAUCAAGUGGAACUUUGGCAAGUUUCUGAUCAGCAACGGUGUGGCGGUCAAGCGCUUCGAACCGACGAGCAACCCGCUCUCGAUCGUAGGCGACAUCGACUCUGCCAUCCAGAAGGCCCAGAUCAUAGGGCGCUCAAAGUGA